AUGUCGUCCCUGUCCAUCUUCCGUGUUGCGACGCGCGCCGUGCGCCCGACCAGCUUCUUCCGAGCUCCCCAAUUGGCCCGAUCCCGGGUGCAGACCCCGGUGACUCUGGCUGCUGCUCGCGCCCACAACUUUGGUACCACCUCCAAGCUCCUCUCGGGCCACGAGGACGAGACAUAUGAGGAGUUCUCUGCGAGAUUCGAGAAGGAAUUCGAGGGUGUGCAGGACGUCUUUGAGCUCCAGCGCAACCUGAACAACUGCUUCGCCUACGAUCUCGUCCCCUCGGUCGAGGUCCUCACCGCGGCCCUGAAGGCUGCCCGUCGUGUCAACGACUUCCCCACCGCUGUCCGGGUGUUCGAGGGCAUCAAAGCCAAGGUCGAGAACCAGGACCAGUACAAGCAAUAUGUUGAGCAGCUCGAUGGUCUGCGCCAGGAGCUGGGUGUCGCUCUCCGGGAAGAGCUGUACCCCAACGAGGAGUAA